GCAAAUUAUUUUUUACAUGAUAUUCUUGACAACAAAAAAUGGCCAGUGACAACAAUCCAGCGAAGGAGAAGGCAACGACAAAGAAAAUGGUUGACAUUACCGUAAAUAAGGGAGCUGUUGUACCAUACGAUAUGGAUGAUAUCCAACCUUCCAUCUCAGACCAGCAAAAAGUUGGAUUCUUCCGUCAGGAUCGGGCGUCCCAGACCCUGGAGUCAGAGAUCCUGGAGCUCAAACAGAUGACCUAUGUUCUACAGACAUUGCUAAGAGAAUCGAAAGAGCUGAAGCGAGAGCUUGCGGUGGCCAAGCAGGUGAUGAGAGCCGACUACGAGAACAAACUCCAGGAGAAAGCCCUGGAUAUGUACUGCAGGAUAAAUGAACAUGUGGAAGUCUUGGAGAGGUCCCAUAAAGAGCGUGUUGAGGUGGUAAGAAGAAGCUUCAGACAACAACUCACCAAUUCCAUUGCAAAAAUCGCACAUGAUUGGAAGAAUCAUGCGAGCAAAAAGAUGAACGCUGAGCUGAAGAAACAAUCAAGUAACACAGCCGCCCUCUUAGACGAACACAAAGCUCUCCAGAAUCAGGUCGCUUCCCAAGAAGGCAUCAUCGAGAUGUUAAAGAUGCAGUUAGAACAACAAGCUAAUGCCCCUAGGAGUGAGGCAUCCACACCCAGUGCUGUAUAUGAGGUGGAGGCGCUCAAGGAUGAGAUGGUCGUCAUGAAGAGGAAAGUCGACGGCUUGGAAUCUGCCCUGGAUGGCAAGGAUGAACUCAUUGAAGAAUUGAACAGGGAUAUUGAAAGGCUGAACAAAGACGUGGAGAAAGAAAGAGUGCAUAUUAAACAGUUACUGAAGGAAUUAGAGGACUCGAAAGCAACAGCGAUGCAAGAAAUUUCAUCUUUAAAAAGACAGGCCGAGAAGCAGAGACUUAACAUGGAAAAGGAUAUGCAGGAAAAAAUGAAGAAGUCAAGGGAUGAUAUGUUGAAUCUUGCUAAGCAACACGCAGCAGAGGCUCAGAAGGCAGAGGAAGAAAGACUCAGACUUCUCGCAGAGAAAGAGAAACAAGCAAGGGAAAUACAGAAAAAUGAGCAAGAAACGAGUGCGAAGGCCGCCGAGUCAGGAGAAGAAAUCUCCAAAUUGUACCGUCUUGAGAAACAUCUGAGGGCGGAGAUCGCAAGACUCAAGAAGGACCUGGCGAAGAGCACCAAACUUUGGGAGAAGAAAUUCAGUGUGUUACAAAGAAGUAUGUAUGCGCUGAAGGAUGAGAGUUACCUCAGGCAAACAUUACAGAAGCAAGCAGCUACUCUCCACCAUGCCACUGUCAUGUACGCUAAUGAUGCCCCAGGCAGCGUGGCUAGGAGUGCGACCAUCCAGCCCCAGGCUCCCCAGCCUUCUCCCAACACCAAGCCCAAGGGACCACACCCACCUCUGCCUGGAAUUGGUCAAAUAAACCCCACCAGGGAUAGAAAAAUGGAAGUGAUGUCUGCAUACACGGUAUCCCCUCCACCAGGGCGGGGCAUAGACCUAUUCUCGGUCAACGAGGGUCAGAUUGUCGAACCUGAUGAUGAUUAUGAAAACUUCACGGACGGAAACUUCUUGCCCCUACCUACCCCUCCCCCACCCAGGUGGAUAAACGACGACAGCAGACCUCCGUCCCGCAACCCUGAACUCCUGAUGGCAUCCUGAACGGUACUAUUGAAGCAUUUUGUCUAGAAUAGUAUUGAAUCUGUCAUUAACAUUAAGCUUUCAAUCCCGCCCCCCCCCCCCCACUCCGGGGUCGCACGGAAGGACUGCAUGCGUGUUCCCAAACUGACCGGUAAAGGGGUUCUUUUUCGCGGUACAAGUCUGGCCUGCGAAUUCUAAAAAGGGGGUGUAUAUGUAUUGUUGCUAAUGUUGAUGUAGAGCAAUUUCAUCAACAUUAGCCACAACCUUCAAACCUUGAAGAAUAAUGCCUUUAAGCAGCUCAAAAGCUAUAAGACAGAAUGAAAACAUUCAAUAUAUAUCAUUGCGUAAGUGCCUUCACUGCCAUUGUGAAAAAAUUUAACUUUCACAUCUGACAAGUUAUCAGAUCCGACAUCUUUCCAAAGAUUUGAUUGGCCAAGAGUCUGACUGUCACUAUGGUAACUGUCUGGUAAAACAGAUUUUGUCAGAUAACACAUCAACAAGUCCUUUCAUAAAGCACUCGCCAUGAAGUCAUUCUCUGGAAUAUCACAGAUAAUGGUUGAUUUCAAGUGUGGUGUUGAAGUGUAGUGUUGAAGUGUAGUGUUUGUGAUGUGGCAACAAAACACCGGUCACAAUAUGUACUUGGAAGGCUGGUGUUCGGAUUGGACUCAGAAAAUGUUACAUUUCUGGCAGUUUGUGUUGAAUGCUGAUUUUAAAUUUUGUCUGCUGAACCAAGGAUUAGUGCUGGUGUAUAAUGAUCCUGUGAAAUUUUCUGUUCACGAUCACUAAUCCUUAGAAAUAUGGGGAACAAUUAUUCCAGUUCGGCAUUGGUGUUUGUUUUGGUGAUUUCUUUUAUGGCUUCUCAUGACUUGUACAAUGAACAAAUUUACCCAUUAGCAAUCAUUAUUAGAAUACAUUUUACAAAUGUACCCUAUAUUUCAAUUAUUUAAAUUACUUGAAGUUGAAUAUAUGAGAGCAAAUAAUAAUCUUUCACGCACUUUAUUAUUUUAUUGAAGGAGGAUUCUUUUUUUUAAUGAAAUGUGUCAUCAGUUAAAUACAAAUGAGCAACAUCGUAUCUUGCAAGAAAAACCCUAUAAAAAAUACAAUAUUUUUGUUUAUGAGAAAAAGGAAAUAUAUCCUGCAUAGGGAUCGGGUGUGAAGCAGCUAGUUGCUGUCUGGAACGAUUUUGUCCUCAUUAUUACCCUGGUAAUUAGAUCCUGGCUUGCCCACACACAUUGUAUGCACUUUGUCCACUCCUUGGGGAGCAUUCCAACAAGAGUUUACAAAGUCAAUUAUACUAGGCAUACUACAUAGGCUUUCACAUCCUAUGAUCAUACUUGUAGGGUCAUUUACCGUACCCUGUAUGACCUUUUUGUUCAGCCUGGUAUGUAGUGAUAUUGAUACACUGUUCAAGUAUAGCAGCGAGGUAUAUGUUUUCAUUUACAUGUAUGCAAGGGGCUUCAUUUCAAAUAUGUACACUUCCAUGUAGAAAAUGAUCUUUGUUUUCAUUUCAUAAAGACGUUCCAGUGCCUAUGUAGGUGCUAAAUGGGUACCCGGUAGGAUGUGAAAGUC